ACAGAGGCACUUGUGUUCCUUGUUCCUCAGGCCUGGGUGGUCAUUUGUUCUAGUCACACAGCUUUUUAGGGUUUAAGAGGUAAACCAAGAUUUCAUUUUCAAGAUGGAAAGCCCAUCCGACUCAGCUGUGAUUUUACCUAGCACUCCACGGGCCUGCGCCAAUCCACCAUCUCUCCGUACAAGUAGCACAAGAAAACAACCUAUGAGUGCAACACUUAGAGAACGAUUAAGGAAAACUAGAUCUUCGUUUAAUUCCUGUUACAGUGUGGUGAAACGUCUUAAAGUAGAGAAUGAAGAAAAUGAUCAGACUUUUCCUGAGAAACCAGCAUCUUCAACAGAAGAAAACUGUUUGGAACUUCAAGAAAAUUUUAAAAACAUAGAUGGUGAAUUCAAAGAAAGUACAUAUUUGAAAAAUACCUUCAAGAAUAUCAGUGCAUGUGUAUCUAAAUCUCUUGAUACUGAGUCAUGCAGUGAUCUCCAAAGUGACUUUGUGAAUGAGGAUCUUCCCAAACAAGGAUUAAGUGAAGAAGGAACAAAAUUGGUGAAGCAGAUUGAGGAGAAAGAAGACGUUCUUCGGAGGCUAAAACUGGUCAAAAUGUAUAGAUCAAAGAAUGACCUGUCUCAGUUACAGGUGUUAAUACAGACGUGGAGAAGCUGUAGCCAGCUGUUACUUUAUGAGUUGCAGUCAGCUAUGUCUGAGGAGAACAACAAACUCAGCCUUACUCAGUUGAUAGACCACUGUGGGUUAGAUGAUAAAUUGCUACACUGUAACAGAAAUGAAGAAGAAUUUAUGGGUGUUUAAUUCAUAAUUUUUUCUCCAGAAUAUUUUUGAGAAUGACAACUUAAAAGAUAAUACAUUUUAAAAGGAGGGUAGAAACCAUUAGGGCCUGGAGAAAGGUAUCUUGAUGAACAUCAAUUUAGGGCACUCUGUUAUAUAAAUAUAAAAUAAGUUCUAAAAUGAAAAUUUAGUAUUUUGGAUAAAUUUGCCAAAGAA